UUUUUCCGCAGAAGCAUUCAGAAGAACAUGGUUUAUACAUGUCACCGAGAUAAGAACUGUGUUAUUAAUAAAGUCACUAGGAAUCGCUGCCAGUACUGCAGACUACAGAAGUGCUUUGAAGUGGGAAUGUCCAAAGAAUCUGUCAGAAAUGACAGGAACAAAAAGAAGAAGGAGCCUUUGAAGCAGGAGCUUAUGGAGAACUAUGAAAUGACAGCCGAGUUGGAUGAUCUCACAGAGAAAAUCCGGAAAGCCCACCAGGAAACUUUUCCUUCACUCUGCCAGCUGGGUAAAUACACUACGAACUCUAGUGCAGAUCAUAGAGUUCGACUGGACCUUGGACUUUGGGACAAAUUCAGUGAACUAGCUACAAAGUGCAUUAUUAAAAUAGUGGAAUUUGCAAAACGGUUGCCUGGUUUUACAAGUUUGACCAUUGCAGAUCAGAUCACACUACUUAAAGCCGCCUGCUUGGACAUCUUGAUCCUUAGAAUUUGCACAAGAUACACUCCAGAACAAGACACUAUGACCUUUUCGGACGGCCUUACACUGAACCGAACACAGAUGCACAACGCUGGAUUUGGUCCUCUGACUGACCUUGUAUUCACCUUUGCCAAUCAGCUCCUGCCCUUAGAAAUGGAUGACACGGAAACAGGCCUGCUUAGUGCCAUCUGCUUAAUCUGUGGAGAUCGUCAGGACCUUGAAGAACCAGCAAAAGUGGAUGAGCUACAAGAGCCAUUACUGGAGGCUCUCAAAAUAUACAUACGAAAGAGAAGACCCAACAAGCCUCAUAUGUUUCCAAAGAUCCUAAUGAAAAUCACAGAUCUACGUAGUAUCAGUGCAAAAGGUGCUGAACGCGUUAUUACACUGAAAAUGGAAAUCCCUGGAUCAAUGCCUCCACUUAUCCAAGAAAUGUUGGAGAACUCAGAGGGACAUGAACCACUGACACCAAGCUCAACUGGGACCACAGCGGAGCACAGUCCUAGCAUCUCCCCAAGCUCAGUGGAUAACAGCAGUGUCAGUCAAUCCCCACUAGUGCAAUAAGACAUUUCCCAGUUACAUUCCUAACACUUUAUGUACAGGGAUGACAUGCAAGAAAAACAUUUUUACUGCUGCUUAGUUUCUGGACUUAUACACAAUCACUAAAAUCCAGCAAGGACCAAGAGAUUUUCAUAU